AGUAGUACGCCAUUUGCUCACACAUGCAGACGCAAACGCAGACCCACCCUGGUAGUAUAUUCAAUAACUAAAUUAGUACGAUUGUCCACUUUUUUCUCGUUCUCGAUCGGAAUUGAGCCCGGGUGAAUCUCCCAGUUAUUCCAUAAUCACAUACAUCACCGAAAACACUAAAUAAGGGUCUUAUUGGCUCUAUAAUCGGAGCAGAGAUGAGAGCUUUGCUAUUCUUCGUGACUAUAUUCUACGUGAAUGAAUAUGUACAAGCUGUUCGGCAGAUACCGGACGACAUCCUUCGAGGAAAUCACACAAAUAACUGGGCUGUACUAGUAGACACAUCCCGCUUUUGGUUCAAUUACAGGCAUGUAGCAAACGUGUUAUCAAUAUACAGAAGCGUCAAACGUCUGGGAAUUCCUGAUAGUCAAAUCAUCCUUAUGGUAGCUGAUGAUAUGGCUUGCAACCCUCGAAAUCCACGCCCUGCCACAGUUUUCAAUCACAGAAAGCAGCAUAUUAACGUUUACGGAGAUGAUGUUGAAGUGGAUUAUAGAGGUUAUGAGGUGACAGUGGAAAACUUUGUUCGCUUGUUAACUGGGAGGUUAUUUCCUGGCACACCACGUUCUAAGCAGCUUUUAACAGAUGAAGGAAGUAACAUCCUAGUUUACCUCACUGGCCAUGGAGGAGAUGGUUUUCUCAAGUUUCAAGAUUCUGAAGAAGUCACUAGUCAAGAAUUGGCAGAUGCAUUAGAACAAAUGUGGCAAAAACGCAGAUACCAUGAAAUAUUUUUUAUGAUCGACACAUGCCAAGCUGCUUCAAUGUAUGAAAAGUUUUAUUCUCCAAAUAUCCUAGCUGUAGCUAGUAGCUUGGUGGGAGAAGACUCAUUAUCACAUCAUGUGGAUCCAGCCAUUGGUGUGUAUAUCAUUGAUAGAUAUACAUUCCAUGCUCUCCAUUUCUUAGAAAGAGUUUCACCUGAUAGCAUGAAGACAAUGGGUGAAUUUCUUGCAGUGUGUCCAAAACAGGAGUGUAUUUCUACAGUAGGCGUGAGACGAGAUUUGUUUCCACGGGAUCCGCAUAAAGUACCUAUAACAGAUUUUUUUGGUUCUUUGCGACCAGUGGAACUUGGCAUCAAUUAUCUCAAUGUUUCCAUUGCUCUCCCAUUAACGGAAAAUACAAUACGGCCAGUCAAGCAAGAGGAAAAAUAUCAUUAUGCACAGCAGUUCCCAACACAUUUGUUUCAGACUCGUGCAACUUAAGAAGUCUGUUUUUUUCCAAUUAUAAAUUGCAUAACUUAUUUUACAUCUGUACAAGAAAAAUAAAAUCUAGCUAAGGUUUUUGAAUAUCCCUUGAAGCAAACCUCUUUUUUCCUUAAUUUUAUUAACCUAACACAAAAAA